AGCCCCUAGAUCAUGUCUACUGAACUGAGUCCAGCUGGCGCCAGAGCUGACAUAGGAUGCUUUGGGGAUGUUACAAGAAAGGCCAGAAUAAGUGGAGUUUGCCAUCUGAGUGGCGACCCAGGUGUGUGGCAGGAGCCUCUCCACAACUUCCCUGUUUAAAAGAGGGGACACAGCUUACAUCUGCUUUUCCUCCGAGGCCAACGCAACUUGCUCCUUGACAUUCUCCAACAUAUAAAGGCAAACUUAACAGUAACCAAACGAGACCUUUGGGGGGGGAAGGGAAAAGGUUUGGAGAAGGAAGGGGUUUGUUUUAGGGGUGGCGUGGGGGAGAAACCCACAGAAAUGGAGGUAGGCACGGACCAACCUCGCUGGAUGGCCCAUCACGCCGUUCUGAACGGGCAGCACCCGGAGACUCACCACCCGGGACUGGCUCAUAACUACAUGGAACCGGCGCAGCUCCUACCUCCGGACGAAGUGGACGUCUUCUUCAACCAUCUGGACUCCCAGGGCAACCCGUACUAUGCCAACUCAGCCCAUGCCAGAGCCCGAGUUUCCUACAGCCAGGCGCACGCCCGCCUGACCGGGAGCCAAAUGUGCCGGCCUCACUUGCUCCACAGCCCCGGCCUGCCCUGGCUGGACAGCGGCAAAGCGGCCCUCUCGGCGGCCCACCAUCACAACCCGUGGACGGUGAACCCUUUCACCAAGGGGCCCUUGCACCCUUCGGCGGCCGGCGCGCCGCCCGGCGCCAUCUCGGUGUACCCUGGCGGCGGCAGCGCGGCGUCGAGCGCGGCCUCCGCCUCUUCGCUCACCCCGGCCUCCCAUUCGGGGUCGCAUCUCUUCGGCUUCCCGCCCACGCCGCCCAAGGAGGUCUCGCCGGACCCCAACGCCAGCAGCAGCGCCGCCUCGCCCGCCUCGGCCUCAGCCGGGGGUGGCGGCGGCCGGCAGGACGACAAGGAGCCCCUCAAGUACCAGGUGUCCCUGGCCGACAGCAUGAAGAUGGAGAGCGCCAGCCCGCUCCGCAGCAGCCUCGCCGCCUCCAUGGGCGCGCAGGCUUCCACGCACCACCCCAUCCCUACCUACCCUUCGUAUGUGCCGGCCGCCCACGACUACGGCGGCAGCCUCUUCCACCCGGGCAGCUUCCUAGGCGGGCCUGCCUCCAGCUUCACGCCCAAGCAGAGGAGCAAAGCCAGGUCUUGCUCAGAAAGAAAUCCGGUUUCUUCGUGUUUCCAUUUAGAAGGCAGAGAGUGUGUCAACUGUGGAGCUACUGCCACCCCUCUCUGGAGAAGAGACGGUACCGGGCAUUAUCUGUGUAACGCCUGUGGGCUCUACCACAAAAUGAACGGUCAAAACCGACCUCUCAUUAAACCUAAACGGAGGCUGUCAGCUGCUAGGCGAGCAGGAACUUGCUGUGCCAAUUGCCAGACCACCACGACCACCUUAUGGCGACGUAACGCAAAUGGGGACCCCGUCUGCAAUGCUUGUGGACUUUACUAUAAAUUGCACAAUGUGAACAGGCCUCUGACCAUGAAGAAGGAAGGAAUUCAGACCAGGAAUAGGAAAAUGUCGAACAAGUCCAAGAAGAGCAAGAAAGGAUCUGAGUGUUUCGAGGAACUAUCCAAGUGCAUGCAGGAGAAGUCCUCACCUUUCAGCGCAGCUGCCCUGGCCAGUCAUAUGACCCCAAUGGGCCACUUGCCACCUUUCAGCCACUCGGGACACAUCCUGCCGACACCAACCCCCAUUCACCCCUCUUCCAGCAUCUCGUUCGGACAUCCACAUCCAUCCAGCAUGGUCACAGCCAUGGGAUAGAAUCAGGAGAUCCUUGAAAGACUUAAGGUGCUGGGUUUUGCCAAACGGUGACAGCAAGAUUCUGCCCAGAAGCAAGAAAACAAAGGGAAAGAAGGAUAGGACGAAGGAAGGAAAAAGGGGAUCUCAUUCCAGUGCGGUUCAACUCCUAGUGCUAGACUAAAAUUUGUAUAAAUGAUGGGUCUUCUGCAGAAAUGCUUAAAGGUGCCUGAUAUGCACUUUCCCCCCCUCAGGUAAAAGGAAAAAGAAGGAACUCACCAGUUUGAUUAAGAUACAUGCUAGUCCCAGCAGAAAGCGAAGGUGGCUGAAGCAGCAGCAGAAUCUAGAGCCAACUUUCCUUUCUUGUUGUUCAUUACUGUGAAUAUUGUAAAGAGAUCAGUUGCCUCCUGAUGCAGAGGAAGCUCAGUGAUAGCCGCCCAAGCUGGAUUUCUGUCACACAAGAUGCUCUGCGGGAAAGAAAAGAAGU